ACGUUUGCUGUCGCAGUAAUCAGGCCUUAAGGUCCAGCCGGAGCCGUGAUUGUUCUCGCCGGAGGUGAUUCCAUGCUUGUGAUUAACUCAUCCUCAGGAGCUAUAAAAGGACGGACAGCCGGUACGGUCAGGAGCCCAGGUACGUCCCUCCUUCUUCAUACCUUUGUUCUCGCCUGCAGACAUGAAGUUCUCCUGUGUUGCUGCUCUUCUUGUGGUGCUGACUGUCACUCGUGGGUGCGAUGCCGUGUCCCUGGUGAGGCGGGACGCCCCGUCCGACGUGGACAAGCUCACCCAGCUGAUCGAGAACAUGUCCGCCAGCAUCACCGCCGCCACCCAGGAGAUGGUGGACAAGAUGAAGGCGCUGGAGAUGACCAGCACCGCCCAUGCUUACAGCAGGACUAAGAUCCAGCCGCUGGUGGAGCAGGUCCAGGCCGAGGCCGCCAAGCUGCAGGAGCAGGUCAAACCCUACAUCUCCAACAUCGAGGAGCACAUCCGACCGCUGACCGACAACUUCAACAGCCACGUCAAGCCGCUGACCGACAACUUCCACCAGCAGGUCAAGCCUCUCACCGACAUGAUGGAGAAGCUUUUCCAGCAGGUGGUGGACCAGUCCAAAGCUCUGCUGCCCCCCCAGUAAACACAACCGCGAUGGUGUUUGCUCGUUUCUUUCUCUGUAAUUUAUCGGAAUUAAAGGCUUUGACAGUUUCA